UGAACUCGCCCUUGGGUGCUAGAAAGCUCGAUAGACACUCAAGAAUAUAUCCCUCGGCAAUACGUCUACAUCUUGCCAGCGCACAAGGCUUUAGCGUUCUCAGACCGCUGGCCACGCCAUCGGUCCAAUUUCAGCAAUGAUCAGUCUGACUCGGGAGGCGGCGAUCAACGACGGUGAGAGCAGAUAGCGCAACAAUCCCCUCUCGCGUCCUCCUCCCAUCACUACCAGCCUCGUCGUCUCAUCUGUGGCAUGUCUCUCCCUGCCAUCGCCGUCCUUGGCGCUGGGGCUAUGGGCUCCAAGAUCGCCCACCGCCUUCAUACUUCCGGUACAGGCUCCAUCCUCACCAACCUCGAUGGCCGGUCCCCUGCUACCCGUCAGCGCGCUGCCCAGGCUGGUAUGGUGGACGCGUCAUACACAGACAUCGUAUCCCGGGCGACGCUUAUCCUAAGCAUCGUCCCCACCAAGGAAGCUUCAGGAGUGGCUGAGCUCGUCGCUUCUGCAUACCGUUCUGCCGGGCUGACUCGCAAAGCUACGUUCGUGGACUGCAAUGCGAUGGGUCCGACGACGAUGCGGGGUAUCGCAAAGGUGUUCGAUGGGACGAACAUCGUUGUCAUCGAUGGUUCCAUCAUCGGCGUGCCGCCCUCUGAUACUUUCAACCCCGGAAUAUAUCUCUCAGCGGAAGAGAAAGACGAGCAAGAUCUAGACGAGACCGUCGAAUUACUGAAGAAGUAUGGCUUGAAUCCCUUCGCACUGAAGGGCCAAGACGCGUCCAUCGGCGCGGCUAGCGCACUAAAGAUGUCGCACUCGGGUAUCGUCAAAGGCCUCAUCGGCCUUUUCUACACGAUGAUCCUUGCCGCCGACCGCAACUCGCCCGCUACAACCACCGCUCUCCUCCACGCGCUCGAGCACUCACAACCCGCGCUCGUCGACCGCGCCAUCGAUCUGGUGCCCGCGAGCAUCAGCAAAGCGUACCGGCAUAUUUACGAGAUGAAGGAGGUCGGCGAGUUCGUCGGCGGGGCGCAGUCUUCAGAAAGUAAAACCAAAGCUCAAUUCUCGGCCCCGAAGUGCAGCAGACGUUCCUGGGAAUUGAGGCGCUCUAUCGCGGGCUCGCGCGGGCGAACGAGGAGGGCAGCAAAGAGUGCGAUGUGUUGAGGGACUUCGCGGAGGCGGCGAAGAAGUUGCGGAAGGAGGGCGGAUAGUGAAGUGGUAUCAGGCGACUUGGAUAUAGAAUAACACCUGUCGUUCCUCUUGAACAUGUACACCUAAUCUCACGGACAUUGUGUUCCGAAGCUGGAGCUUUACACCCGUGAAGUCUUCUUAUCGAACAGCGCUUGACUGGACGAGAAUAGAGACACCCUUUCCAAC